GAAAACAAAAACCAACAGGGGAAGAAAACAAUUGCAAACAGGUUCUCGAUUUGUGGCUGGACAAUCAACUGACUGGCCCCUUAACUUGGCUUUGGCUAUCAGUUAGUAGCUCGGAAGAAAGUGAACUGACGACAUCGGAGGUUUUGGGAUUAGUCUGUUGUUGGAAGGCAGUCCAGAAGGCAGUGAAUUCUGGCAGAAGAUUUUUGGAUCAAGUAAAGGACAAUAAGAUUCGGGAGUUUAAUUUCGGAAUAGUGUCUGCUGUGCUCACCAGUUAAUAUCAAGAAGCCAAAAUGAUGAAAAAUGUGGAAAAAGUUCAACUGGUGCGGCAGCUUAACAAAUUGAUUCGGACAGCGGAUCCGAUCAUUUUGAAUCGUAACGGCGCAGUUCUGUUGGCGACAAAUGGAGUGGCUCGGGGAGAAUCAGUACGAAUGGCUUCGUCCAUCUCAAAUUCCAAUGCCAAAAAUAUGUCCACCACUGUGACGGUCGCGAAAACGGACCUCUACAAUGGCACUGCUGCUGCUGGGGACUCGCAUGAUAAAGUGAUUCAGAAGGGCACCCCGGGACCCUCCUCGCAGGCCGUAUUCGAUCGGGAGGACAAAUUCGGAGCCCACAACUACCACCCGCUGCCGGUGGCACUGGCCCGCGGUGAAGGCGUCUACGUGUGGGACGUCGAAGGCAAGCGGUACUACGAUUUCCUUAGCGCGUAUUCGGCCGUGAAUCAGGGCCACUGCCACCCGAAGAUUGUCCGGGCCCUGACCGAGCAGGCCCAGGUGCUGGCUCUGACCUCGAGGGCUUUCUACUCAAACGUAUUGGGAGAGUACGAGGAGUUCAUCACCAAAUUGUUCGGUUUCGAUAAAGUUCUUCCGAUGAACACUGGAGUCGAAGGAGGUGAAACGGCCUGUAAGCUGGCUCGCAAGUGGGCCUACAAGGUUAAGAAGGUCCCGAACAACAAGGCCAAGAUUGUAUUUGCGGAAGGUAACUUCUGGGGUCGAACCCUGGCCGCGGUAUCCUCUUCAAAUGAUCCCAGCAGCUUCGAAGGUUUUGGACCGUUUAUGCCAGGCUUCGAGCUGGUCCCGUACAACGACACAGCUGCUCUAGAAAAAGCUCUACAGGACCCCAACGUGUGCGCCUUCAUGGUUGAACCGAUCCAGGGUGAAGCUGGAGUGGUCGUUCCGGAUGAGGGAUACCUAAAGAAGGUCCGCGAACUGUGCACCAAGUACAAUGUACUAUUCAUAGCCGAUGAAGUCCAAACUGGUCUAGCAAGAACCGGUCGAAUGUUGGCCGUGGAUCACGAACAAGUUAAACCCGAUAUCCUCAUUCUGGGUAAGGCUCUUUCCGGCGGACUGUAUCCGGUAUCAGCCGUUCUCGCUAACGACGACGUAAUGCUCUGUAUCAAACCCGGUGAGCACGGAUCUACUUACGGUGGAAAUCCUCUAGGCUGCAAAGUGGCUAUGGCUGCCCUUCAGGUGCUGGCUGAUGAAAAGUUAGCAGAGAACGCUGAACGCAUGGGUCGUAAAUUGAGAGAAUCCCUAUCCGAACUACCGAAGGAUGUGGUCAGUAUUGUUCGUGGAAAAGGUCUGCUCAAUGCCAUCGUCAUCAAUGCCAAAUACGACGCAUGGGAGGUUUGUUUGAGGCUGAAGGAAAACGGUCUGAUUGCCAAACCCACGCAUGGAGAUAUCAUUCGGUUUGCACCCCCGCUGACCAUCAACGAGGAACAGAUUGAGGAGUGUUCGAAGAUCAUUAAGUCUACCAUCAUGUCGUUUGCCAACGGACAGUAGAAGCGGUUAUCAGUUUUUUUUUUGAAGUUUAUUGUAUAUGUGCAUUUAUGUUCUUUUUCAUUUGUGAGCGGUAUUUUUAGAACAGUUUAUUAUAUUAUAUGUUGAAUAAAGUUUUUAUACAAAACAAAA